AUAUAUAUAUAUACCUCUUGAAUAUAUAGCGCUCAUAACAAGCGUCCGCAAAUCAGCGUUUACUCAAGUUUGCCGAGUUGCUUGCUAGUUCGACGUCGAUUUCGGCAAGUCAUCGUUAGUUUGAACAAUCGAGGAAACCAACUUAGCAAACAUCGACUGAAAACGCUCAAACGCGGGACAGACUAUAGCGACUGAAACCUAUAAAUCGAAGACAAUGGCGGAACGUGUAACUACCAUCAAAAGUCACCUUCAAACGCAAUGCUGUUCUGGUACUGGACCCGGAUAUGCAACGCCGAGAGAUGCUAUGAAAGCACCCAAAGAGAAAUUAUUGUAUAUACCUUGCAUUUACAGAAAUACCCCAGUUGACAAAGGCGAUUAUCUUGCUACCGUUGACAUGGAUGAGACAUCGCCUACUUUUUGCCAGGUAAUACACCGACUCGAAAUGCCUAACAGAAACGAUGAAAUCCAUCAUACCGGUUGGAAUGCAUGCAGCAGUUGUUUUGGUGAUCCAACAAAAAAACGAAAUUUGUUUAUAUUACCCGGCCUUGUAUCAAGCAGAUUGUAUGCAGUUGAUGUGCAAACUACUCCUAAGGAACCUAAAAUGUUCAAAAUUGUUGAACCAACGGAAAUAUAUCACAAAACAGCAUUGGCCUAUCCACACACAGUUCAUUGCAUACCAGGAGGAAAAAUUAUGAUAAGCUGUAUGGGAGAUCCUGAAGGAAACGGAAAAGGUGGUUUCAUCCUUCUCGACUCCAACUCAUUUGAACUUCUUGGAAAUUGGGAAGCGAAAGGUCAUAAUACUCCUUUUGGAUACGAUUUCUGGUAUCAACCUCGUCAUAAUGUAAUGAUCAGUACUGAAUGGGGAACUCCGAAAAGACUUUUGGGAGGAUUCAAUCCAAAAGAUGUGGCGGAAGGUCACUACGGACAUUCACUACAUGUGUGGGACUGGACAACACACGAGUUAAUACAAGACAUCGAUCUAGGCCCGGAUGGAAAGAUACCUCUUGAAAUUCGAUUCUUACACGAUCCUUCAGCUACGCAAGGAUUUGUGGGCUGUGCUCUAUCAAGUACCGUGUUCAGAUUUUUCAAAGAAACAAGUGGAAAAUGGUCUGCCGAAAAAGUCAUCUCGAUUCCACCAAAGAAAGUCAAAGGAUGGGCUUUACCUGAUAUGCCAGGUCUAAUAACUGACAUCAUAUUAUCCAUGGAUGAUCGAUUUUUGUAUUUCUCCAACUGGUUGCAUGGUGAUAUUCGUCAGUAUGACGUUUCGGAUCCUAGAAAUCCGAAAAUGGUUGGGCAAGUUUUCCUAGGUGGAUCAAUUUGCUCCGAUGGCGCUGUCAAGGUUUUGGAAGACAAAGAACUUAGUUCUCAACCGAGUCCGCUGUUUUUAAAUGGAAAAAGAAUGCAAGGUUCACCACAGAUGUUGCAACUCAGUUUGGACGGCAAGAGAUUGUACGUUACCACCUCGUUGUACAGUGGAUGGGACAAGCAGUUUUAUCCCGACAUGAUGAAUGAAGGAUCAUAUCUUUUGCGUAUCGAUGUUGACACAGAUAAUGGAGGUUUGAAGUUGAAUCCCAAAGUUCGCGUUAACUUCGGGAAAGAACCAAACGGCCCAGUUCUUGCUCACGAGAUUCGUUAUCCCGGGGGAGAUUGUACUUCGGAUAUUUGGAUUUGAACUGAAUUGGAUUGUUUCGAAAUGAGAAUAGAAAUUAUUUAUUUCUGAAAAUGUUUAUCUAAUUUGUCUAAUUUAGAUAUAAUUGUUUUUAUGGGCUCAACUAUCAACACUAACUUGCAAACAAAUGUUUGUAUAUACCUAAAUUGGAAAGAAACAUUUUUAAACAUUGUACAUAUUUAACCCUAAUUUUAUUACGAUUUAAGUUCUAGAUUACUACGGUUCCACACUGAAAAUGUAUUAUUCAUAUUCCAUAAUAUUAUACAUAAUUUUUAAACUGAAACUCAAAGAACAUUAUUUAAAAUGAUUGUACCUCUGAUGGUUACUGGACUCAUAUACCAAAAUAUUUCAAAUUCGUGUUACGUUGUGCCAACCUGUUCUUUAAUCGAUUAUUAAUGUUACCUUUAAUUUUAAAUCUUCGAGACAUAUAAUAAACUUGUUAUAUUAUAAUCAUUGAUGAGCAAUUCUGUUUAUUCAUAAAUAAACGGAAGCAAAACGUUCGCA